AUCGAGGGAGUACAUAAAGUCUAAACCAGUCAAUUAUCACGAUUAUCAGACUAUCAGUAUUAUGGUGAUGAAAAUCUGUAGAAACAAAUAUCCACCCUCCUAUAUGGGAGUGCAAGCAAAGGGAAUCUCCCAUCUAUAACUUUUGUAUAAAUUGAUCGAAGUUAGCGUUUUGGGUCUUCUAAAUGGCUACUGAUGUAGAUUCAGAAUUACCCCUCCUUGUAAAUUAUCAGAAUGAAAGGCUAUGUCUAAAUGAUCGUGCAAGAGACGUUCAUAUCCUGAGUUGUGCCUUCUUGCUGAUUUUCUUGGCUUAUGGGGCUGCCCAGAAUCUGGAAAGCACUAUUAAUACCGAAGAAGAUCUGGGGACAACAUCUCUGGGGGUAUUGUACUUAUCAUUCACUGUUUUCUCCUUAGUUGCUUCUGUUGUGGUAAAAAAGCUUGGGUCAAAAAAUGCGCUGAUCCUUGGUACUACUGGCUAUUGGUUGUUCAUAGCUGCAAAUUUGAAGCCCACAUGGUAUACAAUGAUACCUGCUUCAUUGUACCUGGGAUUUGCUGCUGCAAUAAUAUGGGUUGCGCAGGGGACAUAUCUUACAUCCAUAGCACAGGGUCAUGCAAAUGACCUUAGCCUUCAUGUCGGGACUGUAAUUGGAAAAUUUAAUGGAGAAUUUUGGGGUGUUUUUGCAAGUAACCAGGUAGUAGGAAAUCUUAUCACUCUUGCUCUGUUAAGAACUGCAAUGGGGGGAGGAGACACGAGGGGCACAACUAUACUUUUCAUUGUAUUUCUUUGUAGUAUGUCUCUAGGUACCGUUCUUAUGUGCUUUCUAAGUAGAGGAAGCGCUACAGAGGAGGCAUCACUUGAAGAUUCUUCUGUCGGUUUUUUCAAAUCAAUUGCCUAUUCAUCUAAGUCUAUCGCCAACUUAUUGCUUGACAUUAGAAUGGUUUUGGUCAUCCCCCUCAUCACAUAUUCAGGCUUACAACAAGCUUUUGUAUGGGCUGAAUUCACCAAGUAUAUUGUACAACCCAAAAUGGGAGAGAGUGGUGUAGGUGGGGCAAUGGCCAUUUAUGGUCUCUUUGAUGCAAUUUGUUCAGUAGCUGCUGGUCACCUCACCUUUGGGCUUAAAUCAAUCACGAUAAUAGUAUGUGGUGGAGGUAUAAUACAAGGCUUUGUAUUGCUUUGGGUUCUGCUUAAGCACAGUGUUGAUUUUGGAAUAGUUGGUGUCCUUGUAAUAGCUGCUUUAUGGGGCAUCGGAGAUGGAGUGCUUAAUACCCAAUUAAGUGCUUUUCUUGGGAUUCUGUACAAUCAUGAUUUGGAAGGAGCAUUUUCUCAUCUUAAGCUUUGGCAAAGCUUUGCAGUGGCGGUUGUGUUCUUCUUGAGCCCUCUCAUCUCUUUGCAAUUGAUGCUAGUUAUCAUGCUGGCUUCACUUUGCAUUUCUGUAUCUGCAUUUCUUCUUCUCACACUGAAGGUAGAACAGGCCUUUUCAACUCCUCCUCCUCCGUAGAUGCCAAGAUCUGUAAUUCCGUAUGAAUGUAUGAAGAAGAAAUGAAGGUGAGGCAUACAGGAGGUCUUGUGGACAACGUGGAUGAGGAUGAGGGUUUGGCCUCUGGAGAUCAAAUUUUCGGUGGUCCACCUGAGUGCAGAUUGGCUGCUUUUGUCUUUGUCAAUGGCGAUCGCCACCAGCCCAUUCGUGGCAGUUGGAGAGGCGGCGGCGGUAGCGGCCCCUCUUCCUCUUGGAUUUGGGAGCCACAUCUAAAUACUGGAUCUUAUGAUAGAUCACUUCCUCAUUUUCUUUGUUUUGUAUUUCUUUGCAUGUGGAUAGUGACCAUCUUUUGGUUUCUUGAAUGCAUGAAUGAAAUCUUAGCAUUCUUCACAAUCCAUGGUCAAUGGUCAAACGUGGGAAGCAUCGAAAUUUGCUCUGUGUGAAUGACUCAUCAGUGUCAAUCCUCUCUUGCUUUCCACUUUUUCCGUUGGCUCCACUAUUUUAGCUUCCUGUAUUUUAUUCCAAUUCCAAUACAGACCACCCCACAUUUUCUUUUGCAGGAAGAAAAUUUUUCAUAGGGACAAUUAAUUAUAUUACGAAUAGAAAUGUAAU